AUGCCAAACCCAUUAGAAUUAAAGACUGACGUUAGUGGUACUGUCUAUGAGUAUGUUCUCCAAUAUGGAACACGUCUUAACCCAAUCCAAAAGGAAUUAGUUGAGUCAACAAUGUCAUUUACAAUGUUGACUACUUACGAUCAAAGCCAAUUCUUCCAAUUCUUGGUUAGAAUCCUUAAUGCAAAGAAUACAAUCGAUGUUGGUGUAUUCACUGGUAUGAGUUCAUUGACUGUUGCAUUGGCACUUCCAGAAGAUGGAAAGGUCAUUGCCUGUGAUGUGUCCACUGAGUACACCCAACACGCCAAGCAGUUCUGGGAGAAAGCUGGUGUAAGCAAUAAGAUAGAUCUCAUUAUCCAACCAGCUGCACAAACUCUUCAGAAACUCAUUGAUGACGGCAGAGAGGGUACCUUUGAUUUUAUGUUUAUCGAUGCCGACAAGACCAGCUAUGACACCUACUAUGAACUUGGUCUAAAAUUAAUCAGAAAGGGUGGUGUAAUUGCUUUCGAUAACGUAUUGCAACACGGAAGAGUUAUCAAUGAAGCUGAAAUUGCUGCAUCGACCGAUGUUCAAGCUAUUGUGGCCUUAAAUAAAAAGAUUCAUACAGAUAAUAGAGUUCAUAUUAGUAUGAUCCCAGUUGCUGACGUUUGUUGCAAAGUUUCAAACCAAAAACGUUUGAUAUUAAGUAGUGUAGUUGUUCUACUCUUAUAUCUCACCAACAACAACAACAAUUAA